AUGGAUGCUCAGCAGUCCCUUUCUGCUGCGGAGUACGGUGACACAGCUUUGCAGUUGUCUGUGCCACUUUCUUUCUGCAAAUGUCUGUUCGUUGUGUCAGUUGGCGCUUUCCACGUUGGCAGUACGCCUCCUGUCCCACAAGAAAGCAGGUGCAAAAUGCACCGUGAGGCCCCUUGCAACUUUCGAAACCUCCAGACAGAUGCAAAGCUGAUGAAUUCAAUUAAGUUACGAUCAGCCUUAGAACCCCGAAAUGCUGAAGCGUUAUUGUUCUGGCUCCAGAAUUUAAUUUUUGUAGCUCUCGAUGCAGAGGUAUCUACUUCCCAUACUUCAUGCCCUGGAGGUGCAGAGCUCCAAGGAGCACAGAGAUGUGACCUGCGUGUUUUUGUCUUGUUUGCAGAUAUCUCCAUAAGCUUGCUGUCCUUAGUUGUCACAGCCUGUGGUCUUGCUCUGUUUGGUGUCUCUCUGUUCGUAUCCUGGAAGCUUUGUUGGAUCCCUUGGCGAGAGCGUGGUCUGCCAUUUGGGAGCAAAGAUAACAAACAAGAAUCACUGAACUACACAGAUACAGAGACCAAUGACCAUGACUACAGUGAGGAUUAUCUGGGUCAGCCUACAGCCUAUCCAGAGUCCUCCAUGAAGAUCAGCCACACCUCCCCUGAUAUUCCAUUAGAUGCUCAGGCGGGAACGAAGGAGAACUGCGUACACAAUGUGCGAAUGCAUCGUCAGAUCACUGAACCAACUUCUUCUGCUCGGCAUAAUUCAAUACGAAGACAGCUCAACCUCUCCAACCCUGACUUCAACAUCCAGCAGGUUCAGAAACAGGAGCAACUGACGGGGAUUGGCCGCAUCAAGCCAGAGCUGUAUAAACAAAGAUCAGUGGACACAGACGAUGGCCGGAGGAGUAAUAGCAAGGCAUGUGGAAAACUGAACUUUAUUCUCAAAUAUGAUUGUGAUUUAGAACAGCUGAUAGUGAAGAUACACAAGGCCAUCAACCUGCCAGCAAAGGACUUCUCUGGAACUUCAGAUCCUUACGUGAAGAUAUAUCUACUCCCCGACAGGAAAACAAAACACCAGACUAAAGUGCACAGAAAAACCCUAAACCCAGUAUUUGAUGAAGUUUUUUUAUUUACUGUCCCAUACAAUGAUCUGAACACAAGGAAACUCCAUUUCUCUGUGUAUGACUUUGACAGAUUCUCCAGGCAUGACUUGAUUGGCCAAGUGAUAGUGGAUAAUUUUUUAGAUUUGGCAGAUUUUCCCAGGGAAUGUAAUAUUUGGAAGGAUAUUGAAUAUGUCACCAAUGAUAACGUGGAUCUUGGUGACCUGAUGUUUUCACUCUGCUACCUUCCAACAGCUGGUAGACUAACUAUUACAAUAAUAAAGGCAAGAAAUUUAAAGGCAAUGGAUAUCACAGGAGCAUCAGAUCCCUACGUGAAGGUUUCUUUAAUGUGUGAAGGAAGGCGACUAAAGAAAAGAAAAACUUCCACCAAGAGGAAUACCCUUAAUCCCGUUUACAAUGAAGCCAUAGUCUUUGACGUCCCUCCAGAAAACAUUGACCAAAUUAACUUGUCGAUAGCUGUUAUGGAUUAUGACCGUGUAGGUCACAAUGAGGUCAUUGGAGUAUGUCAAGUAGGCAACGAUGCAGAAAGUCUAGGUCGAGACCACUGGAACGAAAUGCUCUCAUACCCUCGGAAACCCAUUGCUCACUGGCAUCCUCUUGCAGAGGGCCCUAUUCAGCAGAAAUGUUAUGCAGGUCUUCUGCGCUUGGAUGGCUGCCGAAGAGGCUUCCUCACCCUUUUAACCUAUUCAGCAGAAAUUUGGCAUUCCUGUUGAACUCUUUCUUAGCCAUAUCCUCAGGGGCUAUUCCACAGAGUCCAGUGGGGAAUCAAGUGGGGGAGGGUGUCCAGCGCAUCCAGGCUGUGCAGAGAAAUAUAUACACAGCAUAUCAUUUUGGUUCCUGAAUCAGGAUUAGACUCAGCGAGAGCUUCUGGAACCUCUGUGGCCACAUCCAUAGGACCCUGAAUAUUUGCUGAAUAGGACCCUCAGUCUUCUACUCUGUGAAGAGCUAUUGGUUUCAAGUAGCGUAAUGUUAUCCACUUGUGGCAUUAAUUUUCCAGCUGACUAUUGCUACUGAUAGAUUAUUUGUAUGGUCGUAAGCAUUACCCAAAUUCAAGUCGUACUUUCUGUUCGUUAGAGUAACCCAGGUUUUACAAGCAGCGCGAUGGCAGUGAAAACCAACAAAUAUGAGAGGCAACAAAUACAGUUCUUGUAUUUGCAAAAAAACAGGUGCGGUAUUUUGAAUGGAUAGCUUUCUAAAUCUUUUUAUUUUUCAAGAAUGAUUGUCAUCGGACAUUUCUUUUUUUAAGACAGGUUGUGUCCUCGGUCUCAGUUGGUGCCUCCUUAUACCUUACAUCAUAACGAAUUAAUAUGGUUCUCUGCAGAAAUCCUUCACAUCUGAAAAAAAAGUUCUGUUGGGUGAGACCAAGAUACAUAUGGUAUUUGUAAUGAGAGUAUGUUCUUUGAGAAAGAAGAUAACCAUCUGUAUAACAUGGAGGCUGUUAGUCCUCAACCUUUGAGGAUGAUUUUCCAGUCUUAGUUGUGUCCACGAUGCUGCAAAAAGUUGAAAGCAUAUCAGAGGUGGCUACGCUUUAUCAUACAAACAGGCACUCACAUGUGCAUGCAUCUGCACACACACACAGUGUCAUCUUAAAAUGCUGUUCCUAAUUUAUCGUGCCUGUGAAAACUUUCUUUAUUACUUGCAGUAGAAUUAACAGGGCUACUUUACAUGAUGGUAUAUUGUAAAUGCUGAAAAAUUCUGACCAUUAAAAAAAAAAGAAAAAAAAAAUCAAAACACUGAACUCUUUCACAUAAUAAACUCUACGCCCCGGAACAAGAACCCCUGGGAUAAAUUUUGGCCACUUACUUAGCCAUGGAUGGAGUUCUCUCUUCCUUCAGACUUUUCUAGAGAGAAUUUGAUUGAAGUUUUUACACCGGGAUUUUUAUUUAAAAAAAACACAAAUCCAAAAUAUGGGUAUUUUAUACAAUCUAGUUGCCUGCUGUGUACUUACAGAUAGGGAGCCCUGGUCUUUAGAUACAGUUCAGAUAAGUUUAUGUGCACACGCAUCCCUUCAUGUCUUGCAUGUGUUGAAUUCUCACCAGGCAUUUGGGAUUUCCAAUUUUGCUGACACAAAUAUGCAUUCGCAGAUUGAAGAAAAUAUUUAACAUUUUGAUCCAAAAUCUGAAAAAGUUCAUUUUACAAACUAUAUCGAUGAAGAUUUUCCAGAAAAUCAGAAUUGCUAGUGGGUAAAGUGCAGCUUGGCACUUGCAGGAAAUCUUGGAUCCGUUGUAAAUGUGUGCUGCAGCUAUGAAGCACAAGUCCUGUAAAGUACAGUAGAUUUCAAAAAUUUCAUGCCAUGCCAUGGAGAAUACAGCUACCAUAGACAAGGCAAACUAAACAACUCUUCAAAACCUGCCCAGGCAACAUUUCAGAUGGUAACUGCACGUUUCCAGAAAAAUGAAAAAUGCAAAGUUGCCCUGGCAAAACUAGUUCACUGCACUUUCAAUCGAAGCUUUGUAUCAGCAGGCCAGUGACACGGUACCAUGUUCAUAUCUGCUCAUGCAUGAUCCUCACUUCAGGCAAAAUCCUGCACUCUUUACCCAAGCUCAUCUCCCAGGAGUCAACAUGGGGAGAUGAGCAUGAGCAGAGAAGGAGAACUCUUCCUUUGGAGUCGAGUUCUUUGAUUUCCAGGACAAAUCCUUCCACGUGCAUCCCUGCCUGGAGAGCAGGGCGGGCAGCUGCCGGCUCUCCCGCCGCAGUGUCAGCAGCAGAAACUGCUGUAAAAAGGAAAACCUCUUCAGCAGCCUCAUGCUGCGUCCAUGGAAGAGUGCAGAAGCCUUUCCAAGAUUUGCCUCUAGCAACUCAAAGGGACGUCAACUGAAAGGUGGUAUCAUAAUGGCCAGUGGAUUUUUAUUUUAUUACCAUGCUCGGUGUAUUUAAUGCUUAAGGGUCUGGCAUCAAGAGAAUGAUUUUGAACACAGCUCUAUAACAAAAAAUAAUAAUAAUCUUUGUUCAGUGAGCAUUUAAAGUGGAAUCUAGCAUACCUCAAAGGCUUAGGGAUGAGGAAGAAAACCUAAUUUUUUAUUAAAUUCCCCUAAUUCUUGCUGACUCAUGACUUGCAAACUGUUAUGAUGUGCUUUUUACAAAUUCCUGCCUUAUUCUAGCAGUGCAUAUAUGGAAUGACAGCUAUUUUCUAUAUGUGGAUGCUUCACUCUUCACCUUUAUACUCCACUUAACCAAUGUCAUCCCCUAGACCUGAAAUAUUUUCACAUUAUGGUUUUGGUGGACCAGUAGACCUCUGCUGUCUUUGGACUGCAGUACAGUACAACACUGGAAGGAACAGAGGACAUACUGCUACAAAAUCACCUGGAAACCCAGUGAAAACUACAAUCCCAAUUCUGUUCCAUCUUUCUUUUCUGAACUGAUUCUCAGAGGUAAAUUAGUAGAAGGCUCACAAGAAUAAUUUCAAAGCUGCAGCCCUCAUUUGUUUUCUUAUUCCCUGUGAAUGCAUAAUUAUGCUGUACGACAAGUAUCAUAAUUCUAAAAUAGGAAAGGCAAUCCCUUAGAAAUGCGUCUCAGCAAGAUCUGAAUCCCACUCCACUCAUUAACAAUGUGCUAUUAAAAUGUUACUUUUAGUUUUCCGCAACAAGCCACCAUUUCAGAUGUCGUGCUACGAAAAAGCAGGGCGUGUCAGCGGCAAAGCCUUCCAAACCACUGCCACCGAGGCAGAGUACGACGGGCGGUUGUGUGAUAUUCCCGUGCCAAAAUACUCGCAGCCCAACCUUUUUGCAGUUGAGUGCUCAAAUAUUUCUUAUAUCUGUUUCCACCGAAAUCACAAGACAUUAAAAGCGUUUCUGUUCUCUUUUCGUUUUGUUUUUCCCUGUAAAUAAUCCUGGCAGUGGACAAACAGACAUGCAUCUCAAUCAAUUCUGCCAUCCCUGGGGAAGCAGGGACCACAAGAACGGAAAGAAAACAUGUAAUAUAAAACACCUAGUGCUCAAACUGUUCCUACCAGUCAAUGCCCAUUUCAGCUUUCUGUGCCAGUGGAUCCAUAAAACACCAAAGCAGUACACAUGAGAAACU